AUGUCGUCGAAGGUUGAUGCUUCACGCCCUCGGGCGGCUGAGACCAAGAAGGUGCACAUUGCUGAUACCCAGAUGACUCGUCAGAACUGGUACAAGCAUGUCAACUGGCUCAAUGUCAUUCUGAUUCUGGGUGUGCCUGUCUCUGGCUGCAUCCAGGCUUUCUGGGUUCCUUUGCAGUUGAAGACGGCCAUCUGGGCGGUCAUCUACUACUUCUUCACUGGCCUGGGAAUCACUGCUGGGUACCAUCGUCUCUGGGCUCACUGCUCGUACUCCGCCACUCUGCCUCUCCGUAUCUGGCUCGCUGCCGUCGGCGGUGGUGCCGUUGAAGGUUCCAUUCGCUGGUGGGCUCGGGAUCACCGUGCGCACCACCGUUACACCGACACCGAGAAGGACCCCUACUCCGUUCGCAAGGGUCUCCUGUACUCUCACCUGGGAUGGAUGAUCAUGAAGCAGAACCCCAAGCGAAUUGGCCGGACCGACAUCUCCGAUCUUAACGAAGACCCUGUUGUCGUCUGGCAGCACCGCAACUACCUCAAGGUCGUCCUCACCAUGGGAUUGAUCGUGCCCAUGCUCGUCGCCGGUCUCGGCUGGGGUGAUUGGUGGGGUGGCUUUGUGUACGCCGGUAUCCUGCGUAUUUUCUUCGUGCAACAGGCCACUUUCUGUGUCAACUCUCUGGCUCACUGGCUCGGUGACCAGCCUUUCGAUGACCGUAACUCUCCCCGUGACCACGUCAUUACCGCCCUGGUCACUCUCGGCGAGGGUUACCACAACUUCCACCACGAGUUCCCUUCGGACUACCGCAACGCCAUCGAGUGGCACCAGUACGACCCGACCAAGUGGACCAUCUGGACCUGCAAGCAAUUCGGCCUGGCCUACGACCUGAAGCAGUUCCGCUCCAACGAGAUCGAAAAGGGUCGUGUGCAGCAGCUCCAGAAGAAGAUCGACCAGAAGCGCGCCAAGCUCGACUGGGGUACUCCCUUGGACCAGCUCCCCGUCAUGGAGUGGGAUGACUAUGUCGAACAGGCCAAGAACGGCAGAGGCCUGAUCUCCAUCGCCGGUGUUGUCCACGAUGUGACCGACUUCAUCAAGGACCACCCCGGUGGCAAGGCCAUGAUCAAGUCCGGUCUUGGCAAGGACGCGACCGCCAUGUUCAACGGUGGUGUCUACUACCACUCCAACGGUGCCCACAACCUGCUCUCCACCAUGCGUGUCGGUGUCAUCCGUGGCGGUGGUGAAGUUGAGAUCUGGAAGCGUGCCCAGAAGGAGAACACCGAGUAUGUUCGCGACGACUCAGGUCAGCGUAUCAUCCGCGCUGGCAUGCAGGUCACCAAAAUCCCCGAGCCCAUUCCCACUGCGGAUGCAGCUUAA